AGGCUCGCCUGAAGCCGCCGUCAGUUACAUAACAGAGCGCCGCCUGCGCGCGCGUGUUGUACACCUUUCAGUUGACUAUGUGCAUAGUGUUGUGCUAACAUGAUUGAUAGUAAGUUGUACUGCUGCCUGCUGCUGGCAGCGGCCGCGGUGAGUGCGGAGCGCUGGGCGUGGCCGGACGCGGCCGGGGCGGAGAGCGUGCGAAUUGAUAGCAAAGUGCGCUUCGAAGAUACGCCGACGCAGAAGAACACCAAGAGAGAUAGUGUACAAGCUGAUGAGAUUCCAUUCCAAGAGGCAACAGACACAGAGGGCUUCUACAACAGACCACAAGAAGCGGGGCGUUACCCUGUACGCGUCGACCCGCUGAACGGGAAGAACAUACGCAUUAACGGAAGGGAUGUCUAUCUCCUGAAUGGACAGAACAGAAAUCAGGGGUACGAAUCGGAUGGAACGUUGGACUCCCUGCAACACUGUAAAUGCGUGACCAGACCGGACUGCAAGGUGCAGACCGACUACCAGAACGCAUGUGGAACCAACCAGUACCUCUGUUGCUACAAUAUCCCCGACAAGCCAAACUCCGAAUAUUUCAAUGAAGUAGACGAUGAGCGUCCCAUGCUGUACCCAAACCAAGGCAAUAUAGCGGGGCCUUUCCCUUCACCACAUGAGCUUGAUAAUAACGGUGUGUUUGGACCGGGACAUAGCCAUGAAAAUAUAUUGUUCGGUAGCGGUGACAGACGCAGACAACCCAACAUACUAAUUGGGCCGGAUGGACCUACUGGCAACAUUGGACCACAACAGAAACAAGUGCUCGUCGGACCUGGCGGCUCCACUGGAGUCAUUGGCCCUGAUAGACCCGUUCUUGUCGGACCUCAAGGUCCAACGGGUAUUAUUGGUCCAGUAAAUGAAAACCGCGAUCACCAAAAUACUCUCGUUGGACCCAAUGGCCCUACUGGGGAUUUAGGUUCGAGCGAAGCUGCGCAAAGAGGAGUACUAGUUGGACCAGGUGGUCCAACAGGGAUCAUCGGUCCUGGUUUCAAUCGACCAGUGUUAGUUGGUCCCGGUGGACCUACCGGUAUUAUAGGGCCACGAAGACAAGGUGUCCUAGUAGGACCUGGUGGACCUACGGGCAUAAUCGGACCUGCUUUUAACCGUCCUUCACAGGGUCGAGGAGUUUUGGUCGGUCCUGGUGGUCCUACUGGUAUUAUUGGUCCCGGCAGACGUCUCCUCGUUGGACCAGGAGGUCCAACAGGACAGAUAGGUCCAAGGAAUUACUACGGUAAAUAAAUGUGGUACUGUGAUAACUAAUGAAUUAUUUAAUUUAGCUAGUAAGUGUUCGCGCACUCGUUGGUACGAUACGUCGAGUGUUUAGUGAGUGCGGUAAUUUAUUUCAUGUAAAUAUUCUUUAUUUCCAUGUAUCUAACAAGAGCGUCAUGCUAACGCUAUGUACCGUGGCUUUAAACUAUUUCUUGUGUGUAAAUAAAUGUCUAUAAUAUAAAUAAUAACA